AUGGACGUUUCCAUUGCGGCCGUCUCCUCUCUUGCCACCCUCUGCUACCUCUAUCCGACCACCGUCUUCGUCUUUUCCGCCGUUGCCUCCGUCGUCGUCACCUGCACCCUGCAGGACUUGAAUGAGGAUAGCAGGCCUCUAAGACCCAGCAAAGCCUUCAUCGUCGUCUCAUACGCUCUGUUUCUAGCUACCUAUGCCGCUCAGCUGGCCCUGCUCUGCACCCAUGCCAUCCUGAUCCAUGCUUGGACAGUUGACGAACAUGUCAUCAUUGGUCGUAUGUCGUGCUUUCUCGUGUUUGGCAUCCAGCUGAGUCGCAUUGUUGACUCUGAGCAUCCCUCGCCUAUCCCGCUUUGGGGCUCCGUUGCCUUGUCGUUUGUCUUUGAAGUCGUCAUUACCGUUUGGUCAACGGUUUCGGGUACUACCAAGCUUUCUGGAGCCUUUCUGCUGUCUGACUUUAUCUUGAGCGUCUUGCGUUGCACGGUGCUCGCUGGGUUGGGUUCCGCCGCUCUUCUGGGCUGGUGGACUGCUCCAGACCCAAGCCCCGAGACCGAGUCUCUUUUGCCCAAAGACAAUCAGCCUAAUGGCUACGGAACGCAAAACGAAAAUGAGGCCGAGUACAACUGGGAAAGAAGACGCCGUGAGGCUCGCGAGGUCAUGGAGAAGCGCCUUAAGCAGAACGGCAACUGGUUUCAAUACGUAAAAGGAUUCAUGAUUUUAUUCCCGUACGUGUGGCCGGUCGGACACAAGGCACUACAGAUGCGAGCUUUUGCCGUUGUCCUCUGCCUCUUUGCGUCCAACGCACUUCAUCUGCUCAUCCCCCGUCAAACCGGCAUUAUCAUGGACAGUCUCAGCGGCACCAACACUGUUAGCCCUUGGAUCGCCGUCUUGACAUAUGCUGUGCUGCGUUUGGCCUCAUCCGAAUGCGGUAUUGAGCUCCUUCGGCAGUGGCUUUGGAUUCCCGUCAAGUACUUUUCUCACGACGCGCUUACUCGUGCCGCCUAUUCGCAUAUGAUGCAUCUGUCUGCCGACUUUCAUGAUUCCAAGAGCUCUUCAGACAUGCUCAUGGCCAUCCAUGGUGGCAGCGCCGUGUCCAAUGCUGUCGAGAGCAUCUUUCUCCAGGCUACCCCCAUGUUGGUCGAUAUGAUGGUGGCUGUCGUCUACCUCUCCGUCACGUUUGGACCCUAUGAAGGGCUCAUCACCAUGGCCACAGCCACCAUUUUCCUCCAUUGCGCCAGCCGUCUUGUCGCCAGGUCCAAGACUGUCAACCGAAACAGAGUCAAUGCCCUGUACCAGGAGCACUACGUCCGCCACUCUGGACUCUUGGGCUGGCAAACCGUUUCUGCAUUCAAUCAAAUCGGCUACGAGGAUAAUCGGCACGCUAAUGCCGUGGCAAACCGCUGGCUUAGGGAGCAGCAGUACGUGUUGAGCUGGCACAUCUCAACCGCCUUUCAGACCAUUGUGCUCUCCUCUGGACUCUUGGCCUCUGCCUUUCUCGCCGUCUACCGCAUCCAGAAUGGUCAAGCCACCUCUGGUCAAUUUGCCAUGUUACUCAUGUACUGGGCUCAGUUGACCUCACCACUGCAGUUCUUUGCCAAGCUGGGCAAGAGCAUGAGCGACGACUUUAUUGAUGCUGAGCGUCUUCUCGACAUUAUGAAGACUAACCCCAGCGUUGAGAACAAGAGAAAUGCCCGCCCCCUCAAGUUUGUAUCCGGUAGAGUCGAGUUUGACAAGGUUUGCUUCAGCUAUGACGAGCAGAAAGGCGUCAUCAAGGAUGUCAGCUUGGACAUUCCCGGUGGCCAGACUGUGGCGUUUGUUGGUGCCACUGGAGCUGGCAAAUCGACUUUGCUCCGCUUACUUGACCGUUUCUACGACGUAACUGGCGGCGCGAUUCGCAUCGACGGACAAGACAUUCGCGAUGUUGACUUGUAUAGUCUCCGCGACCGCAUCGGCAUUGUUCCCCAGAACCCAAUUCUGUUUGACGACACCAUCAUUAACAAUGUUCGAUAUGGCAGAAUCACUGCCACUGAUGAAGAGGUUUACGACGCUUGCAGAGCUGCUUGCAUUCACGAUAAGAUUGUGGGUUUUACCAAUGGAUACCAGACCCGUGUUGGAGAGCGUGGUGUCAAGUUGUCUGGAGGAGAGCUUCAGCGCGUGGCCAUUGCUCGUGCCAUUCUACGUAAGCCUGAUAUUGUGCUGCUAGACGAGGCAACCAGUGCGGUUGAUACCGACACGGAGCAGCAAAUUCAGCUUUCCUUUAAGCGUCUCUGUCAAGGCCGCACCACCUUUAUUGUUGCCCACCGUCUUUCGACCAUCAUGAACGCCGACCGCAUUGUUGUCAUUGAGCACGGUGAAGUGAUUGAGAGUGGUAGCCAUGACGAGCUGAUUGGCACCGGCGGACGAUAUGCCGACCUGUGGUCGAAGCAGGUGUUUGUACAGCCCAAGGGUGCGCCUGUCAACAUUACCAAGGCACUGGAUGAGCAAAAAGGCUUGAGGGGGACGUUCUCCGAGCACGAAAGCACCCAAGUCUCUCGCACUGGUAGUGACACUGGCGACGAGACGCCCUUGUCUGAGCAAGACUCCAGCGACGCCGUCCAAGCCACCCCAAGAGUUGCGCGUGACCGUCUCACGAGAGCCUCUAUCGACAGCGAUGCUGUGAGCAAGGCUUCGAAGCUUAAUCCUGUCGCUCCUGAGUUCACGCCGCGCACUGUCACCCCCAGGGUUAUUGCCAAGACGAGCGACCACGACAAGCUGAGCUCGUCGGCCGAGAGGGCACGACUCUGGGCUGACGAAGUUGCCGCCGCCGCCAGAGUGGAUGACGGGCAGUCAGAGCUUAAGCUGCCAGAGCAACCAACAGACUCGGUUGGGAAGAUGCCCGACGUGCAGUACAAGCACCCUCGCUAUUCGCGACGCAUCCAGUCAAAGAGUGAUCCACCGUACGGGGAUCUUGAGCUGUCCAAGUCUAUCCCGUUCGAACCCACAGUAUCCAAUCGGCGCAGGGUGUCUGCCCCUCAUGCAAACCGCACAUCCAUUCCCAAGCCAAAGACAGCCCCCAAUGUGGAAACUCCCAGCCGAGCCCCGUCUAGUGCUUUGCCCAAAGUAAAGGAAGACACAGAGUCAAAGACAGAGGACGAGCAAGCAGAACAUAAAAAUGACGAAAACGAGCCGCCAGCACAUAUCGGAGACGGCAAGGCCACGGGAACGCUCUCCAGGAGCCGUGGCACUCGUCGCGGACGCGGAUGGCUCCGUGGACGUCGCGGUCGAUGGCCAUCUGGCAGUCUACGAACACCAUCGUCUACCAACGGAACAAAUUGA